CCCCUCUCGACGUCCUCCCGUCUCGACGUCCUCCUGGCGAACUCCUCACUUUAUAAUGUUGAGAAACCUUAUUAACUAUUUUUAUCUGUGAACUCUGCAAUUAUAGAGCGCAAUUCUGCCUCCCGACAGACUCUGAACUCUUUCGACAAGACUUUGUGCACAAUACUUAUUUGAAAUUUAUACCAGACAUCGUCUCAAGCCAAGACAUUUGUUUAAGGUUUAAUAAAAACGCGGUUCAGCCUCUCUUAUACCGACAGCAGCUUGCCACGGAAGUCAAUUUGUGAUUACUUUGCAAAUAUUUAAGUGUGCGUGUUGCUUAGGCUACAGUGGUGCCGCCUAGGCUACGGUGGUGCCGCCUAGGCUACGGUGGUGCCGCCUAGGCUACGGUGGUGCCGCCUAGGCUACGGUGGUGCCGCCUAGGCUACGGUGGUGCCGCCUAGGCUACGGUGGUGCCGCCUAGGCUACAGUGGUGCCGCCUAGGCUACGGUGGUGCCGCCUAGGCUACGGUGGUGCCGCCUAGGCUACGGUGGUGCCGCCUAGGCUACAGUGGUGCCGCCUAGGCUACGGUGGUGCCGCCUAGGCUACAGUGGUGCCGCCUAGGCUACGGUGGUGCCGCCUAGGCUACGGUGGUGCCGCCUAGGCUACAGUGGUGCCGCCUAGGCUACGGUGGUGCCGCCUAGGCUACGGUGGUGCCGCCUAGGCUACAGUGGUGCCGCCUAGGCUACGGUGGUGCCGCCUAGGCUACAGUGGUGCCGCCUAGGCUCCGGUGGUGUCGCCUAGGCUCCAGUGGUGGCGCCUAGGCUCCGGUGGUGUCACAAAUAGUGAAAUGAGACAGAAAAGUUAUAAAGAACAAAACGAGACGAUGGAAGUUCGUGAACGAGAAGAUGUCUUCACGUUUUUGGGGUGUAAGGGGGAUCUCGGAGGAGUAGGCUCGCAUGGCCGCGUCUCCUUAAUAUUGAAUAAUGAUAUUCACGGUGCUUAGAGCUGAUGAAUAAUGCAUAUCUAUUAACGAUGCCUUUACUGUAAGCUUCACUCAUGAAAAAGUGACAUAGAUACAGAGAUGAAAGCGUUCUUUUCCCCCCCAGUGUUUAAGCUGAGCACUGGAUAAUUGCUGUACAAACAUGAAUUCUCGGUAAAUCUUGAGCGAUGCCGGCAAGGAAGGUGUGAGUGCCGUCAUGGACUCUCCGUCAAACACACUGACGGAUAUUGACACCACGCCCUUCAAGACCCUGGACGACUUAGCACACAACACCACCAGUAGCAAGUUCAGGAGCUCCCACGGCGUCUUCCCCAAGUACCUGCCGCCGCCUGCAGAUAUCAACUUCGUACCCGAAGCAAAAAAACACAAUGGCGGCCAUCUUAAGUCGCUGGCGUUUAACAUCACUGUAGACUACACUAACACCCUCGAUGUCUCCAGGGUCGUCACUUUAACCUCCUCCUCCUCCUCCUCUGACAUCAACGCGGCACAGACCCUAGACCUCGGCACCUCCUGGAAUAUCACUCAAGUUGAGUUUGAGUUCAACUUGACACAGGGAAAGGAAGAGGCCCCCGGGUGGCGGAGCUCUGAAAGUUGGGGACCUGGAGCGGAAGGUGGAGCGGAAGAGUGGAGCCCUGGCCUGCUGGCCAUGACAGGGCUGGCACUCUACACCCUGGCACUCUGUACUGCCGUUGGCAACGCCCUUGUCAUCCACGCCAUCAGGACGGAGAAACGCCUGCAAACGGUGUCCAACCUAUUCAUCAUGAGUCUGGCGGCGGCAGACCUGACCGUGGGAGUUAUCGUCAUGCCAGUCAGCGCGGCCUACGCGAUGAUGGGAGAGUGGCGACUGGGUCUGGUAGUGUGCCAGUUUUGGCUGGCAGCAGAUUAUACAGCGUCCACGGCGUCCAUCUUUAACCUGGUGAUCUUGUCCUUGGACCGCUACUGGUCUAUCACAGCACCGCUUCGUUACCUUCGGAGACGCACGCGACGGAGGGCCUGGGUCAUGAUUGGUGCCUCAUGGACAGCAGCAACGGCGUGGCUGGUGCCUGUACUCGCGUGGCACCACCUGGCACUGGGCGGCGUGAGGCACCACCCGCCGCACGUCUGUGAGACCGAGUUCUCCAGCAGCGCUGCCUUCAAGGCCGUCACUGCAGCACUCAACUUUUACUUGCCAACAGCUCUCAUGCUGUACCUAUACUGCCGUAUAUUCCGGGAGGUGCAGUCACGCCAGGUGCUGGGCCGGGUGCCCUUCACCAGCCCUGACAUGCUUACAGACUCGUGCAGCGAGGCGGAUAAACUACCCCGUCCUCCGCACCAACACUGCAACACAGACACAUCUCAACAUGACCUCCCUGUCAUUACAGCUUCCAAUGAAUGUAGCCAGUUCCACAGCUUGACUGUGGUAUCCCCAGGGAGACACGACUGCUCCCACUACUCUGGGGUGAUGGUGAGUGUGGAAUACCUUCCUGACGACUCUGGUCAGACCUCACCAACUCACCACCACCAUUAUAAUCACCAGCAAACACAGCAACAGCAGCAGUUAUCACAUCAACAAAGUCAACAACAACGGAAGGCUGCAACAACUCGGCUUGGGCCUCAUCAAAACCACAUUCACUGUUAUCAAAGUAGCACAAGACCACACUCUUUUUGGAAUCCCUUAACACCCUCGCCACAUAGAGUGCGGGAGCAGAAAUGGGGCAGCAGCUGGCGUCUCAACAAUGUGGGCCAGAUGCAGGAGACCAACAAUGCCAGCCUAACGCCCUCCAUCGCCACCACAGCCACUAAUGGCACAAAAAAGAAGCGAAUUGUAGCACAUACCAACAGUGGAGGAGGUGGACGACGUGUUGAGGGCGUCAACUUGGCAAAGGAGCGAAAAGCAGCGCGGCAAUUGGGGGUGAUCGUAGGGGCUUUCAUGGCCUGCUGGGUGCCAUACUUUACUCUCUUCCCCAUCAUGGCACUGUGUGACACAUGUGUACCUGCCCAUGCCCACACUGCCACCAUCUGGUUGGGCUACCUUAACUCAGCCCUAAAUCCUGUUCUCUAUCCACUUUGCAACCAUAACUUUCGAAGAGCCUUUGCCAGGAUGCUGCGGCUGCCAGCGCGGAAAACCAACAAUUAUACCAAUGCCCAGAGGAUGGCCACCAUUACAAUCAGGCACUGACACCCACAACAUGCUGGAGUGACAAUAAUAAACUAAUCCAUCUCAGUACUCAUGUUUCACAAGAAUCAUAACACAUACACCUCAAUGACACAAUAUACCAUUAUGCUAUAUUGUCAAGACACUCAAAUGACACAAUUUAAGGAAGAAAAUAGCGUAAGUCUGUAAUGAUAUAGGAAUUCACCUCUCCUUUAAUAAUUAAUUGCUGUUAUGCACACUUUACAUUCUCCUGUAUGUGAAUGUGGCAACAUUUCUCUGCCUUUUAUACUGGUGCGCACACAACUUAUCUUCCCACUUAUCUAAGACUGUGGAAUUGAUACGAUGAGAGAUUAGAAAUCAGUAAAAAACUACUGUGUUGACUUCUAAUUUGUAUGUUGUGGUGAUUAGUCUAGAUAUUUAAUAUUCCUGUAGUUGAGGUCAUUUAUGUAACUCUACAGUAAUUAGAUACAUAUGAACAUAUUUUCGCAUUAUCCAGUGGUGUCUACUGUCUUUUUCAACAAAGUUUUUUGGUACUCGGUAAACUACAGUCUGCCAUAUACUGGGCACGUCAGAGAAUGCAUCUCGCCUUCACGUUGCAUAACAAUUCUACAGGAAACGUCGCUACGGCAUGCCACUGAUCAUCUUUCAUAACAUGAAUGAAUGAUUUAGUGAGAAUCUUAAGCUUUCCCCAAGUUGCCUUCCCUGCAGCUACAGUGUUUUGACACUUCUCAAUGCCAAUGUUUAAAUAUCACGUAUCUACUUAAUAUUUGUAUAAUCGGAUAAUUACAGUAUCGGGCUUUCUUCCAGUAUCUUGUAGACUACUUUCUGAAUUUCUUGUAAGAUAACAUCAGAACAAUGAUAAAUUUAGGAUGGAAUGUAUAAUACUUGACUUGGAAAUGGAGUAUAAUCUUCAGGAA